CACACUUAGCACAUGUUGCCUUGGUCUCUCCAACUCACAGAAGUCUGAAAGAACAGGAACAAAAGGAUCUAAGUUCAGUUUGGAGUCUGAGCAGACAGACUUCAUAUUUCUGUUCAGAGAAACUCUCAACCAGUCACUGCCAGGAGGUGAAAUGGCGCAGAAGCGAGUUAAGCUGGACCGGGAAAGCUUCUCUUGUUCGAUCUGUCUGGAUCUACUGAAGGAUCCGGUGACUACUUUCUGUGGACACAGCUACUGUAUGGACUGUAUUAAAGCUCACUGGGAUGGAGAGGAUGGGAAGCAGAUCUACAGCUGUCCUCAGUGUAGAAAGACUUUCACACCGAGGCCUGUCCUGAUGAAAAACACCAUGUUAGCAGAUUUAGUGGAGGAACUGAAGAAGACUGGACUCCAAGCUGCUCCUGCUGAUCACUGCUAUGCUGGAGCUGAAGAUGUGGCCUGUGAUGUCUGCACUGGGAGAAAACUGAAAGCCCUCAAGUCCUGUCUGGUGUGUCUGGUCUCUUACUGUGAUCAACACCUCCAGCCUCAUUACAACUCCUCUGCGUUUGAGAAACACAAGCUGGUGGAGCCCUCCAAGAAUCUCAAGGAGAACAUCUGCUCUCAUCAUAAUGAGGUGAUGAAGAUAUUCUGCCGUACUGAUCAGCACUGUAUCUGUUCUCUCUGCUUAAUGGAUGAACAUAAAGUCCACGACACAGUCUCAGCUGCAGCAGAAAGGACUGAGAGGCAGAAAGAGCUUGAGGGGAGUCAACAAAACGUCCAGCGGAGAAUCCAAGACAGAGAGAAAGAUGUGAAGCUGCUUCAACAGGAGGUGGAGGCCAUCAAUCGCUCUGCUGAUAAAGUAGUGGAGGACAGUGCGAAGAUUUUCUACAGUCUUAUCUAUUUCAUGAAGCGAGAAAGCACGGCUGUGGAGCAGAAGAUCAGAUUCCAGCAGAACACUCAAGUGAUGCGAGCCAAAGAGCUUCAGGAGAAUCUGUAUCAGGAGAUCACUGAGCUGAAGAGGAAAGACGCUGAGAUGAAGAAGAUCUCACACACAGAGGAUCACAACCAGUUUCUACACAACUACUCCUCACUGUCACCACUCAGUGAAUCUACAUCCAGCAUCGAUAUCCGUCCUCUGCGCUACUUUGAGGAUGUGACAGCGGCUGUGUCUGAAGUCAGAUAUAAAAUACAGCACCUUCUAAAUGAGACAUGGACACACAUCUCACGGACCGUGACUGAAGUGGAUGUUUUACCGUCAGAGCCCAAGUCCAGAGCUGACUUCCUAAAAUAUUCACGCGUGAUCACACUGGAUCCAAACACAGUAAACCCAAUGCUGCAGUUAUCUAAAGGGAACAGGAAAGCAACAGUUAUGAGAGAAAAACAGAUUUAUUCCCAUCAUCCAGAGAGAUUUUAUGGUAUGGCUCAGGUCCUGAGUAGAGAGGGUCUGACCGGACGUUGUUACUGGGAGGUGGAGCUGAGAGGGAGAGGUGAAGUAGCAGUCGCAUACAAGAAUAUCAGCAGAGCAGGGUGGUCGGAUGAAUGUGAAUUUGGACGCAAUGACAAAUCUUGGACAUUAAGAUACGAAAAGGAUAGUUACACAUUUUGGAACAAAAAAGUUCAAACUCUUGUCUCAGGUCCUGUGUCCUCCAGAGUAGGAGUGUACCUGGAUCACAGGGCAGGUACUCUGUCCUUCUACAGCGUCUCAGACACCAUGACUCUCCUCCACAGAGUCCAGACCACAUUCACUCAGCCUCUCUAUGUUGGACUUCACUUUUACCGUUCUGGAGAAACUGCUGAGUUGAAGUGAAAUAGACAGCAAUGAUCCUCAUCUGUGUCUGUUUAGCCUAUGGAGGCUAUCACUGCUCAUCAUGAUGUUUGUUGAUUUCUCUCUUUGUCUGUGCUCUUAAUCAGUGUUUCUCAAAUGGGGGUACUUUGGAGGACUGCAGGGGGUACGUGACAUUAUUUGUAAAAUGUUUUUCAGUUACAAAGCUGGUGUUACUUCUACUGGCUUGAUUUUUAGACAAGUUUUUGUCACUUUUUUUCAAAGUUUCGUCGCCCUAGUUGUUGCCUUCCUUCUUUCUACUGUAUUUUUUUUCAAAGUUUUUAUUAUUAUUUUUGACCUAUUCUUGCCUUACUUCUCUUCUUUCUUUUGUUUUUUUUCAUCAGCAUUUAGCUGUUUUCCAGGUCCAAGGCUGUUGUUUAGUAAAUCUAUCGCUGACAUCGCUGUAUUGUUCCUCUUUAUAUAGACUUUUUUUUUCUACCAAAAAUUAUUCGUGCUGGUUAGGGGGUACAUGGCUUAAAACUGUUCAAAGGGUGUACAUUAUUGAAAAAAGCUUGAGAACCUGUGCUCUAAAUGUUUUGUAAUAUUUGUAAUGAUGCAUUUAUAGGUUGUUGUUUCUCUUGCACUGUAUGGAGUCUGAAGAGAGAAAGCGCCAGACUUCCUUUAUUGUAGAUAUUUUGUAUAUUUUUGCAGAUACAUUUGUAAGGCCAUCUGUAAUCAAAUUUGCAUUUACUUGUUUGGCAGACCAAUAGUUAUUGUUAUGAGGUAAUAUAGAAUUGUAAUACUUCUCAUCUCAAUCAAUAAGGAGAUGAUUCAUUAUUGUUUUUUAUGUAGCUGAGAUUCAAACAAGGUGAAUCUGUACAUGGAAUCAUUGAACAGACUUUAUUGAUGGGAUGUGUGAACAAACUGAAGGAUUACAUGACGAAUAAACAAACAUCAACAAAUUA